AUGAGUGUAUGGACGGGGAUGCAAUUGCUGUCGCUUGUAACUCUGCUGGUGCGCCUCAACGGAGUCUCAGACCAAACGUACGAAACCGGAACAAAGCUGCUCUCAUCUCACAGCUGCUCCGACAGUCUACAUCACGUCUCAGAUCGAUCGAUCAGAGGUGAAACAGCGAGCAGAACCACUUGGCAGGUCACAGUAGUCAUCCGUGCAGUAUCUGGUGACGGACACCCUUCAAUUCCUCAUUGGAAUACUCUCAUCGUCCCCGCUACUCAUCACCUCUUCCCCUUCCCGCCUUUCUUCUUCGAUUUCCCGCCCUUAGCACCCGUAUCCGCCUUGCUUGCAUUCGCACUCGCAGCCUCCUCGACCACCGCCGGAGCAUCUGUCAUCUCCACAUCCGUCGCAACAGCAGAAGCAGUCGUCGUCGGCGCCGGAGCCGACAGCCCCAGCCCAGCGGCGUUCGCACCACCCGCCAACUUCCCCAGACUGGUCACAAGUCGGCCGACCUCCGCCGCCUUAUUCGUGCGAUACUUCAGGCAGAUGCCUGCGGUUGGGUUGUAUGUUUUCAGGGUGAGGACUGCGACGGGUGUGGUGGCAGUCCGGGCUGGGGAGUCGGUCGUCUCAGGGUUUGAUGUCGAAGAGGGCUUUUUCUGUGCUGAAGGUCGUUGUGAGGGGAAGCCGUAUUUUGUUGUGAUGCGGGUCUGCGUGGUUUGCAUUGGAGGUCUCUGGGUACGCUUCGAGCAGUAG